ACCGAAAGUUACUUGGCUGCUUGACAAGGCUAUGCCAGGCCGAGGUAGGCAGGCACGCACGACACACCGACGAGCGCGCUGCGCCCAGGUGGUGCCCACGGCUUCUGCGCGCAGCAGUACACAAGGUUGCUGGCAGUACCUACACACGCACACGCCGCAACGGUUCAAGUUCUUGCAUCUUCCGCUCGUCCCCUUCCUUUAAGGUAAGCUUGAAGGUGGGGAGGCAGACAUAGGCAGACGCCCUAGGAAGUGGGAGGGUCAAUGGGCCGUCACACGGCAUUGUGCUACCGAUGAGGUUCUCGUUUGACGGUGUAUACCUUGCUACACAUACCAAUCACUGCACAAGUUGGAACCCUGCACGAGCCGGCAGGACAAGAAGGAGCUCAGGCGUAUGCUUGCACGCAGACCUCGCUGAUAGAACCUCGUCCGUCUGGGGUAUUGUCUUUUGCAUUCAGUGUUACAUGCUGCCUAUUUACAUGUACCGUGCAUGUUGAACUUACAAUGUGCGAUCGACAUGGGGCUGAAAUCCCCACUAUUUUUGCAUAACAAACGCAGCCCAAAUCAAUUCGUGCUACAAUGUAAUGAAUAUGUCGAUCUGGCAUGUCUCAUGUCCCGUUCAGGGAGUGGCUGGCAUGAAAUAGGCGGGCUGUUUUGAGCGGCUGAUGAGUGGCGGGCAUAGGGACGGACAGGGCACGUGCUGGAUAGGGAGACUAGGCGAAUGAGCGGGUGCCGCCCGAUGGGCGCGGGCACUAGCGCAUUUUAUGAAAUGCUGUCGUGAAGCCGGCUUCACGGCUUGCCAACAAGGAGCGUGGCAGGGAACAUGGGAACUUGCUCGGCAGCUUUGCCCGGCAUCGGCUACUGACAUCCGCCACGCCGCUUCUUUCUUCUCCCGUUUCUUUCCGCUUGCCCACGCAUAUGCUCCAUGGGCGCCCGCGGAUGCCUGGCUCCGUUCCAGGUGGGUGCAUUUUGUGGGUUUCGCGUUGUCGCGGCGAAUGGCAGCAGCCUAGUUGCGAGCUGGAACGCGUCCGCCCCUGCAAGCGGCAGCAGUCUCCACGACACUCGGACUCCGUUUGGCGUGCCGAAUGCGGAGCAGCGUGGAGCGCGCACCGGUGUCUCGUCUCGAAGGUAACAAGUAACCGCAUUGCCGCUGACACUAACUUCUUUCGUGAUGUUUAUUGCUAGCCUGGAGCUCGCGACGGCGUCUUGCAUUCGCAUUCACUCGCAAGCACUUCGUUAACAGGGCGUAUCAGGGAUAAUCGCCCCUGGGCCCCGGCAAGUUCACGCCGGUAUCUGUUGCCCAGUGGCAGGGACCCACUCGAGGUUCCGCCCUCGAGCGUUUGGAACUGGCGAGCCUCCCGCUUGCGGGUGCAGCCUGAGCAUUCACGCGGCCGCAUGCACGCGAUUGCAGCACUGCGCGGACGGGUCGUCGUCGUCUUACACCUUGGUUAUUUGGUUCUGGAGAAUUUGUUUCUUGGUUUGGCUUUUCAGCGGUUUCGGGUACAUGCCGUGGACACGCACCGAGCUCG